AUGGUCCUCCUCACCUCCUCCACCGUCUCGGUCAUUCUGUCUACGGGAAUCAUCUGCACAUUUACUAUUCUCCUCUUUCUCUCCGGAUACAUACUUCAACAGCAGUCGGUCCGCAGUAUCCAACAUGCGCUGCGUCCGCCAGACCCCCUCUCCGAACACGGGUCGCCCAGAUCGCCCUUCAAGCGCUCAUCACCGCUCCUCGAGCGAGGCGUCGUCCUCCCAGGAACGCUCCCCGACCAACAGGACUCCCAACAAGAAGCAUCCCAAGGCACAGGCAACUACGCCUACCUCCAGCUCCUCUCCACCCCCGACCCCUCCGACAUCUGCUCCGCCAUCCUCUUCUUCAAAACCCUCUCCACAAACAACACCGCCAUCCAAGACCGCCUCUUCAUGUACCCCCAAGAAUGGGAAGACCAAGCCCACCAGCAGUCCAAACCCGUCUCCACAGCCCUCUCCAUGCUCCGCGCCGCCAGCCUCACAUACGGCAUCUGGCUUCUCCCCAUCGACAUGACAGCGGCCACCUCAAAAGGCUAUUCCUCCACCGACACGAAACUAAUGCGUCUCGGCCAAAUCCAGUUCAUGAACUACGAUAGCGUGCUCUACCUGCAAACACCGGGUCUAAUCCUCGACACGGCCAAACUAGACGCCGUCCUCCUCGACAGACCCCUUCCCCUCCGCCACGACAAGUCCCGCCCUGACUCCUACAACAACGAGGCCUGGAUCCCUAUGCCCCUCCGUGCAGACCGCGACACUACCCUGCCCCCCGUCUACCUUGUAACGGUCAACAAUAUAGCAGCCGGUAACGUCGAAGCCCGCGGCCACGUUCCCAACGUCGCGCUCCCGGGUUUCGGCUCCCUCGUUGCGGGCCCUUGGGCCGCGGCGGCCGCCGACCCCGCUACUCAGCCUGGGUAUGUGUAUUUUGAGCGUGAUGAUGAUGGACACGUCCGCUGGGCGGAUAAUCCGCUGUUUGGGCUGUGGAGGGCGCAGCAGGCUGAGGUGUGUGAGGGGUUGGAUUUGGAUGGGGCUUAUCGUGGUGGUGAUGAUGAUGAUGAUGAUGAUGAUGAUGAUGAUGAUGAUGGUUAUGAUGUAUAG